AUGGACUUCUUGACCCAGCCCAACAGGUCCUUCCUCUUUGACAUCAACCGCAACAAACUACUUGCGUGGAUCGUGAGAAGAGUGGCAUACAGACACUUUUGCGCUGGGGAGUCAGGAAGCGAAGUCAGACAAACGCUGAAACGGUUCAAAACGAUGGGUUUCCGAGGAACCAUUGUCACAUAUGCGAGAGAGACCGUGUUUGACUGUAACAAAAAGGACGUCCAAGGCGUGGGAAUCGAGUCGUUUGCAGGCAAAGCCACGGAUCUGUGUCCAAACAUACGGAGCUGGCGCAACGGUGUGCUGGAGACCAUCGAUAUGCUGGGGCAAGGCGACCAACUGGCGGUCAAGUUUACCGGCGCCGGUCCCCUGGUGACGGAUGCCCUCGCUGCUGGACAGCCACUCCCCAAGCAAAUGUCAGAUGCGUUGAUAGCCAUCAGCGACGAAUGCAAACAGCGACAAGUGCGAUUGUUAAUAGAUGCAGAGUCUCAGCUUUAUCAACAUGCAAUUGCCAAAGCCGGGCUUGAUCUGAUGAAGCUGUACAACAGGGAUGGCCACGCCCUCAUAUAUAGCACAUACCAAGCCUACCUGAAAAGCACGCCGCCGGCAAUAGAAUCUCAUCUGAUAGCCGCUCUGGAGGGAAAAUUCACACUGGGCCUGAAGCUCGUGCGCGGUGCAUAUCUAGCUACGGAGAAGAGGUCCCUGAUCCACGACACAAAAAGAGACACGGACAAUGCCUACAACGCAAUUGCUCACGGGGCGUUGUGCAAACACAUUGGCAGCAUUGGGGCCGAAGGCGGCCGCCCCUUUCCGUCCGUUAACCUGAUGCUAUGCGGCCACAACAAAGAGAGUGUAUUUGGCUCCUACGCGCUGCACCAGCAGCGUCUGUUGCACGGCUUGCCAACCGUGCCUCUCGGGUUUGCCCAACUACAAGGCAUGUCGGAUGAGAUCAGCUUCGGGUUGCUCCAGCUUGGCCAGAGGCAGGGACCCGGACCAGACGUCUACAAGUGCUCGACCUGGGGCACGUUGAAGGAGUGUCUUGGGUACCUCACGCGGCGGGCUCUUGAGAAUAGAGACGCCGCGGGAAGAACGGUGGAUGAAUACAGGGCAUUGAAGAUGGAAGCGAAGAGAAGACUUAGGUCGCUCAUUCCCCUCUGA